AUGCUUUCAGAACAGACAGCAGCCCUGGGGACAGGAUGGGAGUCAAUGAAUGUACAGCUGGAUGGAGCAGAGUCCCAAGUGGAAAGGGGAAGCCAGGAAGAGGGGCCAUGGAGAACAGCUCCAGGGCCACUGGAACACCUGUGCUGUGAUCUUGAGGAGGAGUCACAAUCCCUACAGGAAAAGGCUCAGACUGCUCCCUGGGUUCCGCCAAUUCCCCAGGAGGGGAGCACUGGAGACUGGGAGAUGGCAGCUGCACUUCUUGCAGCCGGAUCACAGGGCCUGGUAACCAUCAAGGAUGUGUCAUUGUGCUUCUCUCAGGAGGAGUGGCGGAGCCUGGACCCUUCUCAGACAGAUUUUUAUGGAGAAUAUGUUAUGCAGGAAAACUGUGGAAUAGUGGUCUCUCUGAGGUUUCCAAUUCCCAAACUGGACAUGCUUUCUCAACUGGAAGGAGGAGAAGAACAAUGGGUCCCUGACCCCCAGGACUUAGAGGAGAGGGACAUUCUGAGGGUCACAUAUACAGGAGAUGGAAGCGAACACGAAGGGGAUACCCCUGAACUAGAAGCAGAACCUCCCAGAAUAUUGUCCAGUGUGUCUGAAGAUACUGCUGUCUGGAACCCACAGCAAGAUGAGAGCUGGGAUUCCAUGUCCAGGGGCUCCAGAGGAAUGCUUCUGGGCCCACAUUUUCUUCAGGAAGAUAGCUUCUCAAACCUUCUAUGUAGCACAGAGAUGGAUUCCCUGUUAAGACCCCACACAUGCCCCCAGUGUGGGAAACAGUUUGUGUGGGGCUCCCACCUUGCCAGGCAUCAGCAAACACACACUGGGGAGAGGCCCUACAGCUGCCUCAAGUGUGAGAAGAGCUUUGGGCGAAGACAUCACCUAAUCAGGCAUCAGAAAACCCACCUACAUGACAAGCCCAGCAGAUGCUCUGAGUGCGGCAAGAAUUUCCGAUGCAACUCCCAUCUGGCCAGCCACCAGAGAGUGCAUGCAGAAGGCAAAUCCUGCAAGGGCCAAGAGGUUGGAGAGAGCCCUGGGGCUAGGAAACGGCAGCGUGCCCCACCAGUGCCAAAGUGCCAUGUGUGCACUGAAUGUGGGAAGAGCUUUGGUCGAAGGCACCAUCUGGUGAGACACUGGCUGACCCAUACUGGGGAGAAACCCUUCCAGUGCCCUCGCUGUGAGAAGAGCUUUGGCCGCAAACAUCACCUGGACAGGCACCUACUGACCCACCAGGGACAAAGUUCCCGGAGCAGCUGGGACAGAGGGACAUCUGUUUUUUGAAAUCUGUGUCUGCUGCAGCUAUGGUCAAGUCUAUCAGCCGGUGCUACCAGGAGUCCACUGCUAGGGCUGCCCCUCUUCUGCACCCCAGUGGCCAGAAUCAUGAGCCCUGGCCCCAUCCCUAGAAAGAUGGGGUUCCAGCAUUGGCCAGAGCAUUUCUCACCAGUUCUGUGAGAUACCACUUGAAAACAGAGUUCUUUGGGCAAAACUUUUGGGAAACAAUGCAUUCAUACUACAUGGGCUGAUAUUCAGCCUGAGCCCAUUCUCAAGGGUACAAUGGUACCAGCAGUUUAUGGCUGAGGUCCAUUCUGAGUGGCUGGAAUCUAUGCCAUACCAGUUGUUAAAUAUUUUGAGUAUCACCUUUGUAUACUACAAAUAUAUUCUUUCUAUAUAUAUGUUGAGAGAGAGAAAGGCCAUUUUAGCAUAUUAAAGGCUGUGAAAACUUCUGCAGUAGAGCAAACUGUUAAGCUUCUGUUGAUGCAGUGUUUCCUAAAUUUAUUUGACCUCAGUAUCCUUUCUAUUUCACAUCCCACAGAACUGGUGACUCCAUGAAAUACACUCUGGUGAACACUAGUUUAGAGACUAAUGAGGAAACAGGAAAGAGAUAGUGAUCAGGCACUCAGAGCCCCCUUUUUUAUCCAUAUGAAAGCUAGGGGGCCAGACCUUGUUCCUGUGUGGGUCUGUCACCCUUACCCUGAUCACCAGUAUAAACAUCUACACCUCUCACCCCCACCUGAUGAAAAAUAUAGAGUAACCUUUUCAUCCCCUUAUUCCUAUUCCCUUCAUCCUGCACAUAAACAUAUCCAGCUGAGAGAUCAUGCUACAAUGUUGAGAUUGACCUUAUAACCCCAAGUAACCCAGGCCCACACAGAAGAAAAAACUUUAUCCCCUUGAACAGACGCCCUCUCCUCUUGACUGUCUUUAUGUGUCUAUGUGUAUAUGUGUGCAGGGUCUUUGAAGAGAGCAUGCUAAAUGCAAACUGUACAAGCUAGGUUUUCUAGGGGCUGUGUUCUAGGGAUGAGGGUAGAGGGGAUUGUAUGAGUUUUUUUGUUUCAAGAUAGAAAGUAAUCUGAGUGAUUAUGGGAGCCCUAGAGGAAAAGGUUAAAUGAUGGGUUAAGUUGUGGGAGUUGAGUACAAGGCUUUCCCUGGUAUCACUGAGAUUAUGACAGUUGUGGAUAUAUAUGUCAAAGUCUGAAUCUCUGGGUCACAGAUUGUUUUUACCUGGGAGCAGAGAGAAAGAGAAGUCUUCAGUGAGGUGAGCUGUUUUUUAUCGACUUCGGGUGAGGUACAUAUAGAAGCUUUGUGCCAAGUGGGAUUUUUUUGUCUAGUUUUAAGUGCUGGGAAAUUAGGACAGGAAUCACAGUGUUUGAAAGUUGUUUUAACUCUUGUUUGACUUUGAUUGCAUCAUCAAAGGGGAAGAGUUAUUCCUGAGCAUCUCAUUCUUCCAGAAACAGAACUUAGGGGAAAUGGUUGUGGCUUAGCAUUUCAGCUGAUGCAGGGUAAUAAGCUUUCUGGUUGGUUUUCCUCCCAUUUCUGGGAAGGUGUCCACACUAAGACUCUUAACUCUAUGACUUGCAUAAGUAUUCUAGCAUCUGUUAGUUGAUGAGUUGGCCAUUGUUUUUUAUUGAUGAUUAUGUUAAUACCAAUCUUAUAAUUUAAAAACUAUCUUUUAUGUAAGAGCAGUUUGGGGUUAGGGAGGAAGAGGAGCAAAGAGAAUGGAAGUGGGGUAUUUUCUCUUCAAUGCUUAGAGUCUGGUUUUUCCCUGGGACAUUUCUCAAUUACAAUUGGUGGGAUUAGCCAGAGAGGCAAGAGGAAGUGAGCUGCAACAAUCUCGUUUAGUGACUGUCCCAUUAGCAUAGGAGAAUCAGCUUCUCAGGGUCCUGGACCCAAAUGGAAUGAAAAUAGGGUCAUUUUAUUGACUGGGCUUCUCAGAGUAUGUGUGACUUGAGCAACCCUCUCUUCUACUCAAAGCAGCCUUCCUUCUUUGCCUGGAAUGCACUUCUCUUGCUUAUGUUCCUAUGAAUAUAGCAAAAUGGCCAGCCCUGUGUAGGGAAGGCCUUGACCUAGGUCCUCAGAGACAGGAGCAUUUUAGGAUCAGUAUUAGCAAAUGCCCCAGGGAAUAGAAAAGUAUUGGGUUCCAGUGGUAAAACUGAAUUAUGCCAUUUCUUUUACCCUCUUAGUUUAAUACACUUCAGCUCUAUGUAAGCAAUGUUCAGAACCUGUUUUGGAUCACAGACUUGUUUGAGAAUCUGAUAGAAACCAGAAACUCACUUUUGAGAAAAACAGGUGUUUGCAAUUCACUCAGUUUUUCAUUUAGCAGGUUCAGAGUCCAUCCAUGGAAUUGCUAAACUAGGGUCAAAGAGAUUUACCCUGACCCAAUAUGGUCAUUAUAUAUUUUUGUCAAGAAUUACAAGGCAAGGAUCACUAAAUAUUUUAAGGACUGAGAUACCAGAGGCAUGAGAGUAUGAGGAUAGAGUCUGGUCUUAACGACUAGAAGGGUGUUGCUUAUAUUUCUACCCUACGUUUUUGGAAAAGAUCUGACAUGCUGACAAAUCCAGCUCCACACAAACCUUGUUUUAAGGACUUGUGGAAACUGAUAUUCCUUACUAUCACAUCACACCUCUUAACAACUACAAGUUAACCUCUAGUCUUUUAUCUGUUUUAGUAAUUGUAGGGAUAGAAAAUGAAGCCCCUAAAGUGCUGGUGCAGUUAUAGCACCCAGCUAAAAGGCAACAUGGAAGCCUUCUGCAGAAGGGGCAAUCGUUUGGGUCAUUUCUGGUGUACCACUGUCUUCUCUACCUCGGUCCAAUACCACCUCCCUUGGACGAAAAAUAAAAUAAGCAACAGCCAUCAGA